GCACGUAACCGUUGGUUGAUGCGGACAACGUCUGAGGGGGAUGGCGACCGUUGGUAGCUACGUUAGUUUUGGACGUGUCACUGUGGGACAGGAAGUGAUGGACUUCCGGUGGGGGAGGAGCCGGGGCGUGGAGGGCAUUGCUGUGGUGAUAGACUUCCUGCUGGCUAACGCCCGAUUGGUCCUGGGAGUGGGAGGGGCCGCGGUGCUGGGUAUCGCUACGUUGGCCGUCAAGAGGUUGAUAGAACGUGCAGGCCGAGCAGCGGAAGAUGAGAAGGUGGAACAGAAAAUGUCGGAGAGCUGGGAGGAGCUUGGCUUAGUCUCCGCCUCCCCCAAGUCCAUUAGGAAGGGGCUGGAGGGUGUGGUCAUGAAACACGUCACCAAGGCAACCAAGCCACAGAAAGCUGACCUUUGCCAGCCCCAGCAGCAGAAGUCUAGUCUGGAUGAGAAGCCUGUCAAAGCAGCAGAGUCCCAGAGACCCAAGAGACUACAGCUAUGUCUCACCCUGCAGGAGCGUCUCCAGCAGUACUAUUCUACCAGAGCACAGCAGUACUAUUCUACCAGAGCAGCUUUAGCCCCAGAAGAGGUCCACAGAGCCCAGAGUCUAGCUCUAGAUAUCUGUAUAGAGGUACAAGACUUCCUGCACACCACACACCCUGACAUGCCUCUGGGAGAGAUGUCACUGGGAGGGUCCCUGUUUGACGACCUACAGGUGGUGAGUGCGGACCAUGCAUGCCUGUUGGUUCCCCUCCAGCUAGAAGCCAGUCUGUGGAGACUGAUCCCUGGGGAGGAGACCCUCCUAACACACCCUCUACACUGGAUGGUCCGACGGGUCAACCUGGAGUUCUUCCCCAGAGGACGCAGCUACUGGGACAGGUUCCUAGUGGGAGGGUAUCUAUCGUGCAGGGCGAUGGUGAGCAUGCUCAGUAAGGCUGUGAUGGAAACCAUGAACUGGCCGUCCCUCUCCUCUUCUCUUGACUGUCUGGUCCGGCCUGUCCUCGGGGGGGAUGACUGUCUGGUCCGGCCUGUCCUCGGGGGGGAUGACUGUCUGGUCCGGCCUGUCCUCGGGGGGGAUGAACUGAAACUGGAGAUACGACCAGAGCGAGGUGAUUCUCUCUUCAUCUCCAUGGUGCCGGUGCUGAGGGAGGCAGACGUGGUCCUGACUGCCCAGGUAGAGUUAACCCAACCCUGGGAUAGUGCCUGGCACCUCUCCCUCUACCCCUGGGAGACCCAGCGUCUGGCCCAGCUUGACUCAGCGGACCAGGGGGUCCGACGUACCCUCCUCAAGACCCUCAAAGCCGUCUGUCGACACUGUCCCGCCCUGCGACCCCUCACCGCCGCGCCGCUGGCCAACCUCAUCCUGCACCUCGGGGACAAGGACCUGGAUUGGUCGGAGGGUUGUCUGAGUGGGCGGUUCCAGCAGUGCGUGUGGGAGCUGAUAGGCUAUCUGGAGCAAGGGGUGUUGCCCAGCUACUUCAAGCCCGGCGCUAACACGUUGAACGGACUGACGGAGGAGGAGAUCGACCGGAUGGGGUUUACGUUGUACUGCGCUGUCUCUGAACCGGAGAUUCUGCUCAUAUAGAAAUAUAUAACCUGG